CCUCCCACAUUUUAGUCUCUCUUUAUACAUAUACUACCAACACCAAAGAAACUUAUUUAAUAUGAAAUCCCUCAAGGUUUUCUUAUUAGUGGUAGCGAUGUUGAUGGCUUUAGCCGUUACUCUCUCUGCAACACUAGUCGAAGAAGAACUAUUUUCCAACAAGGAAACCAAGGCUGUAAAUGAUCACGAAACCUUUGAUGAUGAUCUUCCAUUGGAUGCCAAAAGCCAAGGGAAAACCUCUUUGAGGGGAACAAGCAGCGUCUUCCUUGGUUCUAGGGAAGUGACGACAACAUCAUGCGACAAAAAUCCUAAGGUUUGUAGAGCCGCCGUAAACAGCCCAAAAUCACAUUGCUGCCACAACAAGUGUGUGGACGUGAAGACGGACAGACUCAACUGCGGGAAAUGUGGGGUGAAAUGCAAGCACGCAGAGAUAUGCUGCAACGGUCAUGUUGUGCACACAAUGUCCGACAAGAAACACUGCGGGAGCUGCGACAACCACUGCAAGAGAGGUGGUUCUUGUGCGUUUGGGAUGUGCAGCUAUGCUUAGGAAUUACGCAGCCAGUUUGAGUACU